GCUAUCCCCUCCCUCCCAACCUCGUCGAGGAGAAGGGGCUGGGAACUUUACCACAGCGAUUUUACUGGUCUGCGGUUAAAUUCAACAUGGCGGACGAAGAAGUGAAACCUAGUGCUUUGAGCUACGAAGUUUUGGCGGAAUGCUCAACAACAAAAGCUCGAACUGCCAUUUUAACAUUACCGCACUAUAAAGUAGAAACUCCGGUUUUUAUGCCAGUAGGAACUCAGGGAACUAUGAAGGGACUGACUUCAAAACAACUCACGGAAUUAGACUGUCAAAUCAUUCUUGGUAACACGUAUCAUUUGGGAAUGAGGCCGGGAACAGAGAUUUUAGAAAAAGCUGGAGGACUCCAUGGGUUCAUGAACUGGAAAAGAGCUCUCUUAACAGAUAGUGGUGGAUUUCAAAUGGUGUCGUUAUUAAAAUUAGCUGAAAUAACUGAGGAAGGUGUUAAGUUCCAGUCCCCUCAUGAUGGUCAAGAAAUGUUACUCACUCCCGAGAAGUCUACAGAGAUCCAGAAUUCCAUUGGAGCUGAUAUUAUUAUGCAGCUGGAUGAUGUGGUCAGCAGCACUACCACAGGUCCUAGAGUUGAAGAGGCCAUGUUGCGCUCGAUCCGCUGGUUGGACAGAUGCAUUGCAGCACAUGCCAGACCAACAGAACAAAAUCUGUUUGCAAUUAUCCAGGGAGGAUUAGAUCCAGAACUUAGGAAGACUUGUGUGAAAGAAAUGGUUAAACGAAACACUCCUGGUAUUGCCAUUGGUGGCCUCAGUGGUGGAGAAGAGAAAUCCUUGUUUUGCAAGACUGUUACUCUCUGUACAGAUCUUCUUCCAAAGAGUAAACCAAGAUAUCUUAUGGGGGUGGGCUAUGCUGUAGAUCUUGUGGUGUGCUGUGCUUUAGGAGUGGACAUGUUUGACUGUGUUUAUCCAACAAGAACAGCAAGAUUUGGCACAGCUUUAGUACCAUGGGGUCAACUUCACUUAAAGAAUAAACAAUAUGCAACGGAUUUUGAACCUGUCAACAAAGACUGUGGAUGUUGGACCUGCAGACAUUACACCAGGGCAUAUAUCAACUGUUUACUUGGCAGAGAAGAAGUUGCUUGUCACUUGUUAACCCUUCAUAACAUUUACUAUCAAAUGCAGCUAAUGCGAGACAUCAGAGAAAGCAUCAAGCAAGACAAGUUUCCUGACUUUGUUCAGGGUUUCAUGAAAACGAUGUUUCCAGAUAAUAGUUAUCCAGACUGGGCAGUAAAUGCUCUAGCCUCUGUUAAUAUCAUUUUGGACAGUCACCAAACAGAUGAUAGCAAACAAGAGAAACCACUAGAAGCAAAACAUGAAAAAUAUGUCACUCCUGGUGAAUGUAAUUCUUCAGUAAUCAAGUGAUAAAGAAUGAAAAUUA